AUGGCCGACGGACAAGGACUUGACGACAUCGAUGCUGGUAAGUAUAUACAUUUUGCAGAUUUUUUGCACGUUGUUGACAAGUUCCUUGCUGACAUCGAGUCCAACUACGAUGAGACCACCGACUCCUUCGAUGCUAUGAACCUUAAGACUGACCUUCUGCGUGGAAUCUACGCGUAUGGUUUCGAGCGUCCGUCUGCUUUCCAGCAGCAUGCUAUCAUGCCAGCCAUCAAAGGCAAGGACGUUGUUGCGCAGGCGCGGUCUGGUUCCGGGACGACUGCUGCCGUCUCUAUCUCCGUCCUUCAAAAGAUCGACCCCGAUGUUAAGGCAUGCCAGGUCUUAAUCCUUGCCCCAACCCGUGAGCGUGCACAUCAGAUUCAGAAGGUCAUUGCUACUAUCGGUGGCUUUACAAAUAUUGAAUGCUACGCUUGCAUUGGUGGUACUCGCAUAGGGGAUGAUACAAAGGCUCUUCGGGAUGGGCGACAGUCAGUAGUCGUUGGUACCCCUGGCCGUGUCCAUGACAUGAUUCACCGCCGUGCUCUCUGUACCGACAACAUAAAGACGAUCGUGCUCAACGAGGCCGAUACCAUAUUAUCCCGCGGUUUUGCUGAGCAAGUACACGACAUCUUCGGGAUACUUUGUCAGAGCACGACCACCCAGGUCGUUCUCUUCUCCGCUACCAUGCCUCAGGACGUGCUAGAGGUCAUCACUGAGUUCAUGCGUAAUCCAGUCCGCAUCACAAUUGAGAAGUACGAGACUUGCCUUAAAGGUAUCAAACAGUUCUACGUUACCGUCGAAAACGAACAAGAAGACUGGAAGGUCGACAGCCUCUCCGAUCUUCACAAGACCAUCACCAACAGACAGGCGGUGAUUUUCUGCAACACUCGUGGGAAGGUCGAAUGGCUUACCGAUAAGCUUACUGCCCGCAACUUUGCUGUCUCGGCUAUACACCGUGACAUGGACGCGCCCCAGCGUGAUAAUACCAACCCAGAGGACUACAUUCGCCGUGUCGGACGUGGCGGUGGCGGUCGACUCGGACGUAAGGGUGUUGCCAUCAACUUCGUGGCCGCUGACGAACUGCGCACGAUGCAUGAAAUUGAGCAGUUCUAUGGCACUCAAAUAGAGAAGAUGCCGACAAACGCUGCUAACCUCUUCUAA